AUGCUGGAUCCGGAGGGCAGUGUGGAGCACCAGCCAUCCUCCGCUUUCCCCAGAGCUCUCCUCAUCCCUCUAGCCAUGCUCCUUGCCAUUGCAGCGCUGCUUCUCUUAGCGUUUUCCGCUACGCAGCAGAAGGAGCCCGAUUUUUACACGUUCAAAGUUGUAAACAUCAGGGGCAAGCUUGUUUCCCUGGAGAAAUACAGGGGCUCGGUGUCGCUGGUUGUCAAUGUUGCCAGUGAGUGUGGGUACACAGAGAGCCACUACAAGGCCUUACAGCAGUUGCAGCGAGACCUGGGCCCCUACCACUUCAACGUGCUGGCAUUCCCAUGCAAUCAGUUUGGGCAGCAAGAGCCAGACACCAACAAAGAAAUCGAGAGCUUUGCACGCAAGACCUACGGUGCCUCCUUCCCUAUGUUCAGCAAGGUUGCAGUCAGCGGAGCUGCUGCCAUUCCAGCCUUCAAGUACUUAAUUGAUUCUACAGGAGAAGAACCAACCUGGAACUUCUGGAAAUAUCUGGUGGACCCCAAUGGGAAAGUAGUAAAGGCCUGGGACUCUACUGUCUCUGUUGAAGAAAUAAGACCUUAUGUUACAGAACUUGUAAGGAAAAUCAUCCUGAAGAGAAAGGAUGAAUUAUGA